AAAAGAUUUCCCAUUUUGUCGUUUUGGAUAACAUGGCCACCAACUUUUCCGCUUCUACUAACGUCUAUAAAAACUCAAAUUCCUCAUAUCCAUUCAUGCAUUUGCCAUCGCCCUCUGCAUUCAUUCAUUCAUCUGCUUUUAUUUAUACCCAUUUCACAUUUUCCGCCUAGAUUAAAUUAGUAAAAAUGUUGAGUAUAUUCAGGAACGGCGUGAUUGAUCCACCGCGAGAGCUACACAGCCCAGCCCCAUCGACGGCUUCCGUGAGAUCCAAGACUCCAGAUGAUACUCUCAAGGAUUUCUUAGAUUCGAACCCCAAAAAUGGCUUCUCCGUCCAGUUCGUAGACAAGGCCGUCCUGGCCCAUGCCUCCCCUCAGCUUACCCCCCAUCGAAGUUUGUUCUCGGGGGUGGAUGAUGUGUACUGCAUUUUCAUGGGGGAUCUGAAGAACCUGUGCCUGCUGAACAAGCAGUACGGGCUGACAAAGUGUGGAAAUGAGGCGCUGUUUGUGAUCGAGGCGUACCGGACUCUCCGCGACCGCAGCCCCAUGCCGGCGCAUCAGGUCCUCAAAGAGCUCGAAGGCAGCUUCGCCUUUGUCAUCUACGAUCACAAAUAUGACACUGUCUUCGCCGCCCUCGGUGCUGAUAAAGCGUUGAAUCUGUUCUGGGGCGUGUCGGCUGAUGGAUCGGUCAUGAUCUCGGACAAUGUUGCCCUCAUCAAAGCAAGCUGCAGAAAAUCGUACGCUCCAUUUCCACCUGGAUGCAUGUAUCAUAGCGAUAGAGGAUUGAUAAGCUUCGAGCACCCGAUGCAUAAGAUGAAGGCGAUGCCGAGAAUCGACAGCGAAGGGGCAAUGUGCGGAUCGUAUUUCGCAGUGGAUGCCUAUUCUAAGGUUAACAGCAUGCCCCGUGUUGGGAGUUCUGCUAACUGGUCAACCUGGGGCUGAUUCUUUUUACGUUGCACCCAUCAAAUCAUUAAUCUUUUUUCUUUUUUUCCUACUUUUUAAAUAAUUUGGUGUUGAUUGUAUCCAUGUUAUGUUGUUUAUAAAUCGUCUGUCCCCCUUAUGUAAAUUUGGUUUUGUUUGUGGAGAAAUUAACUGUUAUUUUUAUUGCUUUUAAGAAUGAGAAGCAAAUUUCGAGGUC